AUGGUGACGAAGUACCCAGCUGUAUUCCGAGACGGUCUGGGAAGAUGUACAAAAACGAAAGUUCAUCUUGAGCUCAAACCUGACAGCCAGCCCAAGUUCUUCAAAGCAAGACCAAUACCAUUCUCUAUCCGUACGGCUGUAGAACGCGAUCUAGAGCGACAGGUGGCUAAUGGAGUGCUAUCCCCGAUUGAAACGUCCUCUUGGGCUACGUCCAUCGUCGUUGUCCCCAAGCCAAACGGCGCAGUUCGCGUAUGCCGUGAUUUCAGCGUGACGGUAAAUCCGCAGCUAGACAUUGCACAGUACCCUCUUCCGCGUCCAGAAGAGUUGUUUGCUAAGCUGAAUGGAGGGGUCAUCUUCUCGAAGCUCGACCUCUCAGAAGCAUACCUUCAGAUGGAGCUAGACGACGAUGCAAAGAAGGUACUAGUCGUCAACACCCACACAGGACUUUUUCAAUUUCAUCGAAUGCCUUUUGGUAUAGCCUCCGCACCUGCCAUAUUCCAGAGAACGAUUGAGCAAGUUACAGCUAGACUGGACUAUGUAGCAUGUUACUUGGAUGACAUCAUCGUCACUGGAACUACGUUAGAGCACCAUCUUUCUAACCUAGCGAAGGUUUUCCAGCGUCUCAGUGAUUUUGGUUUCACUUUAAAGAAAGAAAAAUGCGCCUUCUUCAAGCAAGAAGUCGAGUACCUGGGCCAAAUCGUUUCAAAGGAAGGCUUUCGACCAUCGCCCAAGAAGAUUUCAGCUAUACUGAAUAUGCCCGAACCACAGUUUCGCUGGUACUGGUCUUCCGAAUGCGUCGAAGCUUUUGAGACGGUGAAGCUCAAAUUAUCAGCGCCCGGGUCCUUAGCGCACUACGAUCCAGCAAGACCACUGUUUCUUGCUGCUGACGCAUCAUCCAAAGGACUGGGGGCAGUCAUGUUUCAUAGGAUUGAUGGCAAAGAGCGUCCCAUCGCCCGCGCUUCCAAAACGCUCACCUCUGCCGAGAAAAAGUACGCUCAAAUUGAGCGAGAAGCGCUUGCCAUCAUCUUCGGCGUCAAGAAGUUCCAUGAGUACUUGUGGGGACGCAGGUUCACUCUGUACACUGACCACAAGCCUUUGACAACCAUCUUCGGUCCGUACAAGGGGAUACCGGUAACGGCCGCCAAUCGUUUACAGAGGUGGGCCUUCAUCCUAAUGAGUUACUCAUUCGACAUUAUCUACAAGCCAACAACAGACAUUGGAAAUGCUGUCGGCCUGCCUAGCAGUACACUCUAA